CCCACUGACAGUCCCCCCACUCAAUUUGUGUGCCGCAAUCCACUCCUCCCAUUGAGUGAACAAUUGACAAUCUCGAGAUUUUCCACCAACUAACAAGCCCGCCCGCAGCCUGUCGACCAAACAAACACCAUGGGGUACGCAUACACGCUUUAAUUGCCGAACUGACUUCUACGGACGAUGAUUCUGAUGAAGGAAAAUAUAGUAUCGAUCUGGAUCACAGAAGGCCAACUCACCACCGCAAGGUUCGUUUUUUCGCCGCUGAGGGGAGAGAGAAAGUUGGGAGGAUGGGAGGGACCCGUGCUGACGGAAGUUCCCCAAUAAACAGGCGCCUAAGUCCGACAAUGUCUACCUUAAGCUGCUCGUAAAGCUUUAUCGCUUCUUGUCUCGUAUGUCGAGGGAAUUCCCCCGCCUUCAGCAUAUCCAACUAGCUAACGGACAUUUCAGGCCGUACCGACUCAGCGUUCAACAAGACUGUCCUUCGCCGGCUUUUCAUGUCCAAGAUUAAUCGCCCUCCUGUGUCGAUUUCUCGUAUCAUUAAGAACGCCGCCAAUCCUCAUGCUCCUAAGCAGGAUAAGACUGUCGUGGUCGUUGGCACUGUCACCGAUGACAACCGCGCUUUGGAGAUUCCUAAGCUUUCCAUCGCGGCUUUAAGGUUCACUGCAACUGCCCGUGCUAGAAUCGAGGCUGCUGGCGGUGAGUGCAUUACACUUGACCAGCUUGCGUUGAGGGCGCCAACUGGUAGCAACACUCUUCUCUUGAGGGGCCCUAAGAAUGCUCGGGAGGCUGUCAAGCACUUCGGAAUGGGUCCUCACAAGCACAAGAAGCCGUA